CUUUAUAAACAAAACAUCUGUGGCUUAGUUUUACGUUUGGCUGAAAAUUUUGUAUCACGUUCGUAGACAGUUGAGAUCAACUGUCUUAAGAUUUAAAAAAUUUUAAUUUUUUAAAAAUAAUUCAUUUCCAUAAAUUACUUACAAAGGUAUUAGCUAUUGUUUAUAAUCAUCGCAACAUCUACGCAAUUGAAUCGAAAAGAAUGAAUAAAAGAACGCAACCUACAUGGCAAGCGCCAGAUUGCGGGGAAGCACCAAAGUUGCGUUUGUACAACAGCCUGACAAGGCAAAAAGAAGUUUUUGUACCUUUGAAUGGUAAUAUGGUGACUUGGUAUAGCUGCGGGCCGACUGUGUACGAUGCUUCCCAUAUGGGGCACGCUAGAUCCUACAUAUCUUUUGAUAUAUUAAGACGCGUUUUAUCUGAAUACUUUGGCUUUAACAUACACUACGUGAUGAAUAUUACCGAUAUCGAUGAUAAGAUCAUUAAAAGAGCUCGGCAAAACUAUCUCUUUGAACGUUAUUCCAGUAGUGUGAUGCAGGUGCCGCUAGAUCAAUUACUGGAUGAUCAGCGUUCGGUCUUGAUGGCAUUCCUAAAUACUUGCGAAAAAAAUACUGAUCCUGACAAGAAAAUCAUGUUGAAUAAGUUGUUGGAUCGCAUGAAUAAUGCUGUAGAAUUAUUGACAACAGCAGUAACUAACGGCAAUGAAGAAGAUAUCGUAAGGGCUCGCGAUUUGUACUUACGAGAAGCCAAAGAACCUAUAGCAGAUUGGUUGGACAAAAAGGAAGGUGCAACAAUUAAUGAUAACAGCAUAUUUGAGGAGCUUCCUCGUUACUGGGAAGAUCAAUUUCACAACGAUAUGAAUGCAUUGAACAUUCUCCCACCAGAUGUCUUAACUCGAGUGUCUGAAUAUGUACCUCAAAUUAUUGAAUUUAUACAAAAAAUCAUUAACAAUAAUUUAGCUUAUGCAGUUAAUGGAUCAGUAUACUUUGACGUAGAUAGUUUUGAUAAAUGCGAAAAACACUUCUACGCUAAAUUGGUGCCAGAGGCAUAUGGUGAUACCAAAUCACUGCAGGAGGGCGAAGGAGACCUCUUUGUGGGUGAAGACCGUUUAACGGAAAAACGCUCGCCUAACGAUUUUGCUUUAUGGAAAACUAGCAAAGGUGGCGAACCUUGGUGGGAAAGUCCCUGGGGCAAAGGACGACCUGGUUGGCACAUCGAGUGUUCUGCUAUGGCUUCAGAUGUGUUCGGGCCAAAAUUCGAUAUACACACGGGGGGCGUUGAUCUUAAAUUUCCUCACCACGACAACGAACUUGCGCAAUCUGAAGCUGCAUUCGAUUCAAGCGAGUGGGUUAAGUAUUUCUUACAUACCGGUCACUUGACAAUAGCCGGAUGCAAAAUGUCGAAAUCCUUGAAAAAUUUUGUCACCAUUCAGCAAGCUUUACAACAACACUCACCUUGCCAAUUACGCCUGGCGUUUUUGCUUCAUUCAUGGAAGGAUACUUUGGAUUAUUCGCAAAACACUAUGGCAAUGGCUAUACAAUAUGAACGCUUAUUAAAUGAAUUCUUCCUAAACGUAAAGGAUCUCACUCGUCAUUUAGUUUCUGGUGAACCCAGACGUCUUUUCGAUGCAUGGACCAAAACCGAGGCCGAGUUAUUAACUAAGUACAAUGUUACACGACAGCUGGUACAUCAAGCUUUGUGUGACAAUGUGGAUACUCGCAGUUCACUAGAUGCCGUAAGAGAUUUGGUUUCGUCUGCUAAUAUUUACAUUCGUGAUAAUAAACUUAAAUUAAAUAGCCUAUUGUUACGGAAAAUAGCACUCUAUAUCACAGAUUUAUUGCAUAUAUUCGGGGCAAUAACGGGACCUAGAGGAGCAAUUGGUUUCACUGUACGGGAUUUAUCAAGCGGCCACAUAGAUGUGGAAAGUACUGUUCUUCCUUACGUAGAAGCUGCAGCUGAAUUUAGAAAGCAAAUACGAGUUCAAGCCAAAACUUUAAAAGCACUAGAAAUUUUAAAAUUAUGUGAUGAACUAAGAGACAAUGUUCUACCGCAAUUGGGCGUACGUCUCGAAGAUAAGGAUGAGGGAGGGUACGCCGUGAAAUUGGUGGAUCGUUACACUUUAUUGCGCGAGCAGGAAGCAAAAGAAGCCGCGCCAGCCGAGCGUUUAGCAAAAAAGGAAUGUAAGAAACAUGUUGCAGCCGGAAAGGCAGAUGUUAAGGAGAACAAGGAAAAGGUUAAUCCAAAGGAAAUGUUCCUCAAAGCAACCGAUAAAUAUUCACGAUUUGAUGAAAACGGCUUACCAACCCAUGAUAAAGAUGGCAACAAGAUUAGCGCAAACCACUUGAAAAAGUUACAGAAAUUGCAAGUUCAACAAGAGCAACGUCAUAAAGCAUACUUGGAUUCUUUAGUUAACGCUUGAUAAAAUUAAUUUUCUUUUGUCAGUUUUGCAUUUUGUAUAUUUCCACCAUUUUUUUUUUGUUUAAAUAAAAUAAAAGUGAAAUAAAGCAAUCAAUAUUUGGAAGAGCAUAA